AUGGCGGAGCCAGCCCUCCUUGGACACGGAAUCAAACUCAACAAUGACCACCGUGACAUGGGAGAUGGAUGGCUCCCAGGCAUGCAGGGCAAAUACAUCAUCGAGCAUGAGGGCCAUGUGCGCGUCCUUGUCCGACUGGAACAACUAGAAAUUGUUGGUGAUGUACCAGAGGGACCAGUAAGGCCAGGUGACCCACUCCCACGUCUGUCCUUUGAGCUACGCAACACUCUUGCUGCCGAUAGGGAGGCAAUCGACUGGGCUGAUGCACCGGAGCUGCAUGACAAGAUAAUCUUCUAG